CCAAUUCCCCGAAACCCCUCAAACCCACCCCUCUUAUCCCACGGUUGGGGGUUUUGCCCCUUAUCUCUUGGCAACAGAGUCGUUAACGUUUUACCCUGAACCUCAGUAGAGUUGCCUGUGUUAGUUUUUUGCCUGUAAACGUUUUCUCCCCGCCAUGGCAGCCGGUACUACGGGAACGAGUACCGAGAAACCUAAUCGCGUGGAUCGCGGGCAGGCGGAGAAGGCCGUGCAGUCGCUGGUCAAAUGGAUGACCGCUCGGCGAAAAGCCAAGUCGGAGCACGAGCUGUUCGCGGAGGACGACGACGAGCUGAUUCACGUGGUAAUCGGGCUCAAGUCUUCGCCAGACUUCGCCAAGACCAGCGGGUUUCGCCUGCCGAUCCCCCACUCGCUGUACCCGCUAGACGCCGGCAAGGAAGUGUGCCUGAUCGUCGGUGACGACGCUAAGGGCGGGCACAAGAAGUCGAAGGAGAAAUUCCUGAAGCAGGGAUCAGCAGGAAUUACGAAGGUGAUCGGCCUGACAAAGUUGAAAACCAAGUACAAGCAGUACGAGGCCAAGCGCCAACUCCUGGGCUCUUACGACCUCUUCCUGGCCGACAUCGACGUCAUCCACCAGCUGCCCCCCCUCAUUGGCACAAAAUUCUUCAAGAAGAAGAAGCACCCGAUCCCAGUGAAGCUUCGAGGAAAAGACUGGGGCAAGAGCGUGCGAGAGGCAUGUGACAGCACGUAUUUGUACGUGAGUGGGGGCCCGUCGAUGAGUGUGCGGGCGGCGCGGUUCGGCAUGAGUGAGGAGGAGAUUGUGGCGAAUGUGAUGGCGGUGGUGGCGGGGGCGGUGGAGCAUGUCCCGAAGAAAUGGAAGAAUGUGAGCUCGCUGCAUAUACGGGCCACGGAUUCGCUUGCUCUGCCAAUCUACAUGGCGGAGGUUGAUUUGCCGACGAAAAUGGCGGUGAAGGUGGUUGGACGGAAAGGCAGGAAAGAGGGAGGGGAGGAGCAGGGAGGGGGGGAUGAGGAGAUCGGGGGAGGGAAGAGAAGAAGAGGGAGCACUGGGGGCAAGCCGAGAGAUGUGAAGGCCAAGAAGCCGAAAGUGUUGAAAAGGGUGUUAUCGACAUGAAGAGCAUGCCUUUUGUGCAGCCAACAAUUCAACAGGGAAUACAUAUGUUGAACACUGUUCGUAAGUGUGAUUUUUAUCAAAUGUGACAUCAAUGAACUCAUUGUUGGUUU